AUGAUUCGGUCGAGUAAUUCAUCAAUACUGUUUUUAGAAACCUUUCCUGAUGAAAUUCUUGUAUUAAUCUGUCGUUAUUUAUCAUCGAUCGAUAUUCUUUAUUCAUUUUAUGGGUUAAACACUCGAUUAAAUAGAACGAUUAGUGAAACUUAUUGCCAUUUAUUUCUCGGAGAAGUUUCAUACCAACGACUGAAACAUAUUUCUUCAUCAAUUAUUCCUCAAAUAGGAUAUAAUAUACGUACAUUAACGAUAAGUAAUCAAUUGACAGAAAACGUAUCAAAACUAUUUCUUGUACAUUUUGGUCAGCAGAUAUCUGUAAUAUUUUCACGCUUAAAAUGCUUAACACUUACUGAAUUGACUACUGAUGUGUUGUCAUCAAUUAUUGAUAAUUUGACCAAUUUGACAGAUUUAACUCAAUUAAAUAUAUAUUCUUUAAAUCGAAGAAAUAUUAAUGUGGAUGGAAUACAAAUAUUACUAGACAAAAUGUUUUCUGCCAAUAAUUCUCGAUUGGAUGCAAUUUCUUAUGAUCGUGACUCGAUACCGUUGACUAUUAUCGAUCAAAAUAAUCCUUCAAUAUAUUCAAAUAUAAAAAAAUUAGAAAUUUUUCUCGAACGAUUAAAUGAUCUUCAUCAUUUAUUAACUCGUUUACCACAAAUUCAAAUAAUUCAUGGCAUUCUUCAGUAUGAAUCAUCAGAAUUUAAUUAUACAAAACAAUAUUCUUCUGUUGAAAGCCUUAUUGAACUAAAGUUAUUAUCGUUAGGAUAUUCAUUUAAUUUCCACGAACUUUUAUCUGUUUUAAAUCGAACAACAAAUAUUGAAACACUUGCAAUUAAAAUCGAUAAUACAGAUGAUUUCCAUUUAAUUAAUGGGAUCCAUUUCAAAUCUUAUUUAUCAUCAUUACGUUUAAAACAAUUUCAUUAUUUAGUUAAUUAUACAUCAGAUUCUCCUAUUAAUCGAAAAGAAAUUCUUUCAACAUGGAAACAAUUUCCUCAACAAUUCGAUUGUCUUAUAAGUGAUGAUCAAAAUAAACUUAUUUUAUAUACAAUACCUAUCAAUUUUUCACAUUUGGCUAUUAUGAGCGCAUUCCUCAAGAAUCUACUUUCUGUCCAGAAUAAUUUCGAUAGAAUCCAAUCUUUAACGUUGUAUGGAGCACCUAAUUUAAUUUCUGAAGUAUUUCCUAUAUUAUUAAAAUGUAGAAAAGUUAAAUAUUUAGUUUUUGAAGGCGAUGGUGAACUUAUUUUAAAAUCUGAGAAAGAAAAUCGUUUAUGUGAACUUAAUCAUCUGACUCAUUUGUCAUUAAUAAGAUCAUCAAUUGAAUCAAAAUCUUCCCAAGAAUUAUUUCAGUCAUCGCCUAAUCUGUUUGAUUUGAAUGUACAUUUCAAAUCCCUUCAUUCAUUACUCGAACAACAAUCGAUUAUUCAUUUGUUAGAAGCGCGAAUUACUCAUUUAUAUAUUUUUAUAAUAUAUUCUGAUGACUUUGAACAAGUGAGAACAACUGUAUCUCGUCUUUCUGCAGUAUUCAAACGUCUUAAACAUCUUUAUAUAAAUAAGCGUAUGAAUGAUGGGAGUUUCCAAUCAUUAAUCGUACCUAUAUUCAAUCAAUUAACGCAAUGGUCUUCUCUGAUAUCAUUGGAAAUAUUUGGUUUGUCAGACAAACUCCAAGAUGAUAUUCGUCAAUGGCUUCGUAACAAUUCACCAUUCAAUGAGCCAGAUUCAUUUAUAAGUGAUUAUCCUAAGCGAACAUGUAAAUUAUGGCUUUGA